AUGGCAAACAAACGAAAACCAAUCCACACACCAUCUGCCCCCGGAGGUGUUGGUGGAGCAGCGGGAGGAAAUGCUGCCCGUCCGCAGAUGAACUUUCGCCAGGGGUUAAACGAUACAACGGCUCGAAGCGAAGCUAAGGGCACCCGGCCGACCGCUACACCGACCUCGAUAAGGGAAGUGCUCACAAUGAUGGUGCUGCACGUGUGCAAAAAGAUAAUUUUCUUCGACACCAGUCUUAAGGUCCCGCUGUAUUUGGGUUCUUUGUUCAUCGUGUCCCUCAUUGGCGACUUUCUGCCAUACCCAAAGACUUAUCUAGCGCGCACGGACAAUCUGUUCAACGUGUAUUUCGUUAAACUAGGCUGGGCAUGGACGUUACUGUUCGCUUUUCCCUAUCUGGCCAUGACAUCGAUCACAAUAUGCUGCGGUGACAAUCAGCGGCUACUCAGGAACCAUCUGCCCCGGCUCGGUAUAGCGACCGUGUUUUGGUUCGUGUGGACAAAGCUGUUCAACAUCAUCGAAUCGAGCUACGGCCGUUGCAGUGUGCGCGGAUUCGAUGCAAAAACGGCCUGCCUGAAGGCGGGCCACCUGUGGAAUGGUUUCGACAUCUCCGGCCACGCGUUUAUCCUGAUCUACUCUAGCUUGGUGCUGAUGGAGGAGGCACGUCCCAUCAUUGGGUGGGAAAGUAUAAAGGAUUUGCUGCGCAACGAAGAGCACAAUCGCAACAACAACGAUACGUCACAAACGUCCAAUCCACUCAAAAGCUUAAAGGACGAAGAUCUGAAGGCACUGAAAUACUUCUACAAUCGCUUCACGCCCACCAUUCGGUUAUUCUUCAUCGGGAUGACUAUGUUACAACUGCUCUGGGACUUGAUGCUUGUCGGUACGAUGCUCUACCACCAUCGGAUGGUGGAGAAGGUGCUGAGUGGCAUUAUUGCCGUCGUAACGUGGUUCGUGACAUACCGUGCCUGGUACCCGAUACCGACCGUACUGCCCGAUCCCGUUGGAAAAGGGCUGUUCAACUACCAAUCGAUUAGCAAACCGGAAAUUGGUCUUCGACGAAGAGCCAGUUUACUGCAGCACGGAGGUGGUUCAUCGGCGGCUGCUGGAGCGAAUUUGAACAACACGACAGGUAGUAGCAAAGAAAUUCCCAAAUUCAUGGGAAUGCCACUGUACGCUGCUAGGCAAACAUACAACCCUUCGGCGGCGGGUGCAAACAUCGGUUCAAACGCAUCCCCCCUGGAAGGAGCGGGCAGUGGUGUGCAGGGAUCCUUCGUAAGUAGCCAUCUGUAUGGUUCGCGUGUAGGUAGCAGCGGUGGCAUUAGCAGUAGCGGUGGUAGUAACUAUAGCAACCCGGACUUUAACCAUCCUUCGUACGCUCGCUAUCGUAGUCGCUUUGAGCGCUUCGAGUCGUAG